AUGGCUAAAGGCACCCAGAAUAAAAAUUUAGAUGAGGGCAAUUUCGACUUUGGUAUCAUAAAGAUCAUGCUGCUGGGUCAGUGCUUUGCCGUAAUGCCACUGACAGGCAUCAGGCGGGCAAGUCCGCGGCACGUGCAUUUCCGCUUCAAAUCGGUGCCGAUGAUUGUGACGGUGAUUUUCAUGAUGGCCAGCUCGGUGCUAACGCUAAGCAUGCUGAAGUUUCUGCUCAACAUAGGCGUUACAGCAAAGAAUUUCGUGGGUCAGGUGUUCUUCACCUGUGUGCAGUGCGCCUGCAUUCUGUUCAUCGACUUGGCGCGCCGCUGGCCGCCUCUGAUUCGCUACUGGACGCGCCUGGAGCUAAUCUUCACCAAGCCCCCCUACGAGGUGCUCAAGAGGAGCCUGUCACAGCGCGUGCGACAACCUGCAUUUAUUCUAAUAGCCCUGUCGCUGGUGGAGCAUGGCUUGUAUCUGUCCUCUGCCAUUGUCAGCUAUAAGCAGCGCGUCUACUACUGUACUGAAAAUCACAAUGCAACCAUGGGUGUAUCCUUUGAUGAUUACAUCAAAUUGAACUACGACUAUGUGUUUAUACUACUGCCCUACACUAGAUUUUUCGGCAUCUAUGUUUUGGUGGUAAAUGGCACCUGCACUUUCAUAUGGAACUACAUGGAUCUAUUCAUCAUGAUGAUCAGUAGGGGACUGGCCUAUCGCUUCGAGCAGAUUUCGAAGCGCAUUUGCCGACUGGAGCAUGAGGAUCGUGUGCCAGAGACGACAUUCAUGGAGAUCCGCGAGCACUACGUGCGCAUGUGUGAGCUCCUGGAGCGCGUGGACAAUGCUCUGUCCAGCAUCAUUUUGUUAUCCUGCGCCAACAAUUUGUACUUCGUGUGCUGUCAGCUGCUCAACAUAUUCAAUAAGUUACGCUGGCCCAUCAACUAUGUCUACUUCUGGUACUCUAUGCUCUACCUGGUGGGUCGCACGGCCUGCGUGUUCCUCACGGCAGCCACCAUCAACGACGAGUCGAAGAGUGCGCUGAGCGUGCUGCGUCGCGUCUCCAGCAAGAAUUGGUGCGUGGAGGUCGAGCGGCUCAUAUUCCAGAUGUCCACGCAAACCGUUGCCUUGUCAGGAAAGAAAUUCUAUUUCCUAACCCGCAGGCUGCUCUUUGGGAUGGCUGGCACUAUAGUUACCUACGAGCUGGUGUUGCUGCAAUUCGACGAGCCCAACCGCCGCAAGGGCUUGCUGCCCCUGUGCGCUUGAAUGGAAGU